GGAUCAGCGCUCGGCCUCCGCCAAUGAUGCGGGUGUGAUAGUGCAUCUUAUGAAUACCCCAGACUAUAUAGUUUUAUCCACCCCCACGCGGGGGUAAGCGUGGGGAAGAAAGGGUUUGUGGAAGUAGCUCGUCAUGCUGCGUGUAUAAAUGGGUAGUUGUAGAAUGCGACGGGAGACCUUUGGCAAUUCACCUGAUAGUACUGUACAUACACACCAAAAUGGCGCGCAUCAAGUCGAUUGAAUACUUCCGAGUCAAGCCCCGUUGGCUGUUUGUGAAGAUCACCGAUGAUGAGGGUCAAUUCGGAUGGGGCGAGGCCACACUUGAGGGACACACACUGGCCGUGGAAGGCGCCCUGGAUGAGAUCAUCGCACGAGUGAUUGGCUAUGAGGCAGACGACAUCGAGCAUAUCUGGCAAACCAUCUGGCGAUUAGGAUUCUACCGCGGUGGUCCCGUGUUCAUGUCCGCGCUGUCCGGAAUCGACAUCGCCCUGUGGGAUCUGAAAGGCCGCCGACUGGGCGUGCCUGUAUACCAGCUGCUAGGCGGCAAAGUCCGCAACAAGAUCCAGGUCUACGCCUGGAUCGGAGGCGACCGACCCAGUGACGUGGAGAUCGCUGCAAAAGCGCGUAUCGAGCAAGGCCUGAAAUGCGUCAAAAUGAACGCCACCGAGGAUGUCAACUGGUUGGACUCGCCCGCCAUCCUGGACUCGUGCAUCGAGCGCAUCAAACAGGUGAAAGCUCUGGGCCUGGACGCGGGGCUGGACUUCCACGGCCGUCUGCACCGCCCCAUGGCCAAGCAGCUGGCCAAAGCCCUCGAGCCGUAUCGCCCCUUGUUCAUCGAAGAGCCCCUACUGGUGGAGCACCCGGAGGCCAUCAAGCAGCUCUCGCAACAGACCAGCAUCCCCAUCGCGCUCGGCGAGCGCCUGUACACACGGUGGGACGCCAAGCGGUUUCUGGAGGACGCCUCGGUCGACAUCCUGCAGCCGGAUAUUGCGCACGCGGGGGGCAUUUCGGAGACGAAGCGCAUUGCGACGAUGGCGGAGACGUACGAUGUGGCGAUUGCGCCGCAUUGUCCUUUGGGUCCGAUCGCCCUGGCGGCGUCGAUGCAGGUCGCCACCUCCAUCCCCAACUUUGUGAUUCAGGAGAUGUCCCUCGGGAUGCAUUAUAAUAUCGAAGCAGGGGAUAUCGAUCUGACUAGCUAUCUGGUGGAUGCGUCGGUGUUUGAUAUCGAGGGAGGAUACGUGUCGGUGCCCAAGGGGCCAGGACUGGGGAUUGAGAUUAACGAGGAGUUGGUCCGGAAGAUCAGUCAGGAAACUGAGCCGUGGCUGCCGAAGGAGUUCUAUGGUCCUGAUGGAGGGAUCCGUGAGUGGUGA